UGGCCAGUGUGGGGGGUCUGCCCCCUGGCUCCCAGUCAAGAGAAAGCAAGGCCCUACCCCUUGUCCUGAAAGGCUCCCCCUGGGCACAGCAGUCUCUGGCCCGGGCUUUGGGCUCUGGAAGGCUCCAUUCUUGCCGCUGAUGACAUGGUCACCCUCAGACCUGGGGAGGACUCUUGCUCCCCGAGGGGGAGCCAAGGGACUGAUGCUCACAGGCCUUAGGCUGGGGAGGAGGAUCCAGCCACGACCCCUGGGCUCUGGGAGAAAGCCCACCAGCAGGGCCUGCACACAGGGCAGGGGAAGCAAUGGAGGAGGUGGGCAUUGGGGAGCACUCCUCGGGCAAACAGGGGCCAGCCAGCUGGCUGCUGGAGGCCUCGGCUGCUAUGUCACGGGCCAGCAAGGUGGGCAGCCACAUCUGUGUCACCCGUGUCAUGACAUAGCCAUGGCUUGGGGGCUCCGGGGAACACCUACCCUGCCCCCAUUGUCACUUCACAGUGUGACCGGCCUGCUUUCUCGGCCCUGGCCUCCGUGGGAUGAGGCUUUACCAGCUGAACCUGUACCCCAGAGGCCGAGAAGCAGGCAGUGUCUGUGCAGCUCCCAGGGCCCUGGGCUCCCCUGCUUAGGCCCCGACGUGCCACCCGCACUGGGCCACUCGCUUUCGGUUAGCAUGUGCUGCAGGGCCCGGGGCACCCCGACCCUGACAAACAAGGGAUCUGGGCCCGCGCUUGGCUUCCCUCAUGCUCUUCUCUCUCGUGACAUUUUGCACGAGAUCCCCGGCUUCCUGAGUGACGAGGAGUGCCGGCUCAUCAUCCACCUGGCACAGAUGAAGGGCUUGCAGCGCAGCCAGCUUCUGCCCACCGAGGAGUACGAGGAGGCCAUGAGCUCCGCGCAGCUCAGCCCACUGGACCUCUUCCGGCUGCUGGACCAGAACCGCGACGGGCGCCUACAGCUCCGCGAGGUCCUGGCCCAGACUCGCCUGGGAAGCGGACGGUGGAUGACGCCAGAGAACAUUCAGGAGAUGUACUCAGCCAUCAAGGCCGACCCCGACGGGGACGGAGUGUUGAGCCUGCAGGAAUUCUCCAACAUGGACCUGCGUGACUUCCACAAGUACAUGCGGAGCCACAAGGCGGAGUCCAGCGAGUUGGUGCGGAACAGCCACCACACAUGGCUCUACCAGGGUGAGGGUGCCCACCACGUCAUGCGUGCCAUCCGCCAGAGGGUGCUGCGCCUCACUCGCCUGUCGCCUGAGAUCGUGGAGCUCAGUGAGCCGCUGCAGGUGGUGCGCUAUGGUGAAGGGGGCCACUACCACGCGCAUGUGGACAGUGGGCCUGUUUACCCAGAGACCAUCUGCUCCCACACCAAGGUGGUAGCCAACGAGUCCGUACCGUUCGAGACCUCCUGCCGCUACAUGACAGUGCUGUUCUAUCUGAACAAUGUCACCGGUGGGGGCGAGACUGUGUUCCCUGUAGCAGACAACAGGACCUAUGAUGAAAUGAGUCUGAUUCAGGACGAUGUUGACCUCCGUGACACUCGGAGACACUGUGACAAGGGGAAUCUGCGUGUCAAGCCCCGGCAGGGCACAGCCGUCUUCUGGUACAAUUACCUGCCUGACGGCCAAGGUUGGGUGGGCGACGUGGACGACUACUCCCUGCAUGGGGGCUGCCUGGUCACGCGCGGCACCAAGUGGAUCGCCAACAACUGGAUCAACGUGGACCCCAGUCGGGCACGGCAAGCGCUGUACCAGCAGGAGAUGGCACGCUUGGCCAGGGAAGGUGGCAGCGAUGCGCAGCCCGAGUGGGCCCUGGAUCGGGCCUACCGCGAUGCGCGCGUGGAGCUCUGAGGAGGGUCAGCCCCGGCCCCCGCUGCGAUGCCCACCGCCCAAGGCCGGACUGAGCUGUCCUGUCCUGCUGCAGACUAAAGGCCUGGCUGAUGCCUCGUCCGCCCCCGCCACCAGCCGCGAUUACGGCGCAGUCCCCAUAUUCCUGUUAUUUAUUG